AUGGGUAAAAAAGGAUAACCGUCAUAUUAAAAAUUAAAAGUAAUACCAAUCGUACAUGGCAAAAGACCAGGAUUCGAAGAAGAUUCAAAAGCAACUAAAAAGAAGAAAGAUAUACACAAAGGAAAGAAAUCAUAUUUAAAUAUAAACCCGUCAUCAAUAGCUUGUAAAGAAAAAAGACUUUAAGUAUUAGCAAAGAAAUAAAGAGAACAAAAGAAAUUGAAAAAAAAAGAUAGAUAAGCAAGAUAAGAAGAAUAUAAAUAAACCGGAAAAGAAAAAUUAUAAUAUUUGACUACAGAUGAUAAAAAAGAAAUUGAUGAAAAUUUCAUAUUUGAUGAUGAUGAUUUAGAAUUAUAAAAUGAAGAAAAUAUAGACGAAUUUUCAAGUUAUUUUGAAAAUGGAUAUCAACCGAAAAUAUUAAUGACAACUUCUUAAAGACCUCAUGGUGAAUUAUUCGAUUUUUUAAAGGACAUAAAGAAUACAUUCCCAAAUUCUCAUUAUUAUCCCAGAAAAGCUUUAAAAAUAAAAUAAAUAUGUGAAGAAGCCCCUUCUAAAGGUUAUACCGAUGUUAUGAUUUGGAGAGAACAUAAAAGAUAAGUAAAUGAAUUAAUAUUAAUACAUUUACCAAAGGGACCUACUGCGAUAUUUAAAGUUACUAGUGAUAAAUUAAAUUAUGAGAUUUAAAAUCAUGGAAGACCAACAGAUCAUUAUCCAGAAUUAAUUUUAAAUAAUUUUAAUACGAAUUUGGGAAGAAGAAUUGGAAGAUUUUUAGCUGCCCUUUUUCCGUAAAAACCUGAAUUUAAAGCUAGGACUGUGGCUACUUUCCACAAUUAGAGAGAUUUUAUCUUUUUUAGACAUCAUAGAUAUUAAUUUACGGAAGAAGGAGAGAAAGUUGAAUUGUAAGAAAUUGGACCGAGAUUUACUAUGAAACUAAAAAAAUUAUAAUUAGGUACUUUUGAUUAUGAGUUUGGGGAAGUAGAGUUUGAAGCUAAAGAUAAAAUGUAUUAGUCAAGGAAAAAAAUCUUUAUUUGA